AAAAUUAAAAACGACAAAAUACUUAAAAAAAAAUUAAAAGUGAAAUUAUAUAUUAAAAUUUGCAUAAAAUUCGUUGCCUUAUUGCUGUACAUAAUAAAAUUACGAUUUUUAUAGCUUAUCGCAAAACUAGUGGGUGUGACUUUUUACUGCGGCUCAAUAGCAAGACGCAUAAAUUUUCUAAACAAAAAAGUGUCGUCAUCUGCUUUUAUUGCCAUAAAAAUAUUAAGAUACAAAAAAAAAAAUGUUUAUCCAGAAAAUGUCAAGCAAAUGCUGCGUCGCUGAAGUAGUCAAUUAGUAAUGAGGAAUAACUACCCGCAGAAUUAUUGUUCAUCUGAAUGCAGCUACAGUAGAAUCAAGAACAAAAACAAAAAGAAAAAGAAGCAAAAAAAGCACCCUGAAUAAUAAGGCCGUAAAAUAAUAAAUGGUUAUAUUAUUGUGUUUUUGUUUUUGGGAUAGUUUUGCUCUCGCGGUAAAGCAUAAAACACAACAGAUUAGUGGAUAGAAGUUCAGUCAAACGGCAACAAUCAAAGCGGUAAAGUGCACUGACAACAAAAGACGACAAAUUAUUAUUCGCAUAAUAAUAAUAAAUAAGAUCCAUAAAGAAGAUCCAAAUUGUUAAGCGUUCUUAACGGAUAUGCAGCCCGAAGCCGAGUCCAAUUUUCAAAGCAGCAAAUUGUUGAAAAAAGCCAUUCUGAACCUUACGAUAUUUGUGGCAUUACUGAUACCGUUAAUAGUUUGCGAAUUCGUCAUCGAACCAUAUCGUCGCGGGUUUUUUUGCAACGAUGAAACGAUCAAAUAUCCUUUUCGCGGCAAUACGAUAACACCGGUGCUUUUAGGCCUAAUAAUCGCUUCACCACCUUUACUUAUAAUAACAAGUGGUGAAUACACUCGAUUGCGGUAUAAAAGGAAUACAAACGAUAUUCGUUGCUUAUGGGGUCUAAUUGUACCGUUAUGGUUAAUUAAUUGCUUUGAGCAAUUGACAUAUUUCACAUUUGGUCUACUGCUAACUACCGAUGCAACCGAAAUUGGUAAAUACACUAUAGGACGUAUACGACCGCAUUUUAUUGCGGUAUGUCAACCGCAAUUUCACGAUGGCUCCAGCUGUUCAAAUGCAACGAAUCAACUUCGUUACGUCGAAAACUAUUAUUGUGCAAGCACGGGCUACAAUGCUGACGACGUUAGACAAGCACGUCUUUCAUUUCCCAGCGGACACGCUAGUCUAGCAUUUUAUUCAUUACUUUAUAUGAUCAUCUACUUGCAAAACCGUGUCGUCUGGCAGAAGGGUCAACUUAUCAAACCGUUCAUACAAUUUAUUCUGAUUAUCUCGGCUUGGUUUAUUGCGUUAACCCGCAUUAUGGAUAAUUGGCAUCAUUGGUCUGACGUUUUGGCCGGUUCCAUAUUGGGUACUUUAGGUGCUUUGCUAACGGCCGGCUAUAUCAGCAAAAUGUAUAGAUCGCCAUCAUUGGUAUUAGACGGUCUACCCCGACAAGACACUUCAGCUACGCUUAACGAAGUGUUGGCGAGUACACCGCCGCCUUACACGAUGCAGCAGAAAAUUAAAACAUUUACCGAGCAUGAGUAUUCUUCAAAAGUGUAGUUCUGAGAUGAAAAGUAUUUAGGACUUUUUUUUUCCUUUUCUUAUAUUUUGUAAAUAAAUAUUUCUCUCUUUAGCAUUAUUUUUAAUUUAUAUUUGAAUUAAGGAUUUUCGUUGUAAGCUAAACGAUAUGUACAAAAUAUUUUUGUGUCUUUUUUAUAUAUAAUGCAAGCCAAAUAUCAUUUUAUCGCUUUACCCAAACUUAGUUUCUUAAUAAAUUUUCUUUUUACAUCGAAUUAAUAUGAUUCAUAAAAACUUUAUUCUUUAUUUCUUUGAUAGUAACGCAACUUUAUGAAAUUAAGGUGAGCCAGCCAUGCAUCGAUAUUUCUGUCUAGUCACUAACAUUAAUGACGAAAAUCAGGUCGACCAUAAGUAAUUCUCUAAUACGAAAUCAAGUGCCGCUUGACAAUAAGAUAUAGGAAAGAAAAAGAGAAAUCAAAAUUUAUUUUGUCUAGACUUAUAAAAAUAUAAUUGAAAUUUUACGUCACCUUUAGUUCAGGGAAGAAUUACAAGCAAGAAGAAUUAAAUAAAAGCAUAGCAUAAGCAAAUUUUAAUGUUUGUGCUUUUCCAAUGAUCGACAUAAGCCGGUCAGGUGCGAUCAAGCCCAUUGAUCGAGAAUUUUAUUAGUAGAUUUAAAGGUCAGGGCCUUCGUUCAUACGGAGUUCGGCUUAUGUAAGCCAAAGAUCUUGCCCAAGUGCACGAUACGACAAAUCGCCUUUCUACUCAGCAUUAAUUUAUUUAUUCAGUUGUUUCAGUUCCAAGUCAAACGUCUUAUGUAAUGAUAUUUCCAGAUGAAUUCUGCUUCUCUAUCCUCUGUCCGCUAUCGUAAACUGUAGUGAUUAUAUUUUCUUCUUAGCUCUUUUCAUCAUUUUCCCUCCAAUUUGCCAUUUCAAUGCAGAAGUGACAAUACAGCUUUCCAAUGUCAAUUUUAUGCUAUACCAGGGCCAUUCAUUAGCUUAUGAAAAUCGGAAAUUGAAGUCUCACAAAAAGAAAACCGAUUCUGCUUUAGAACGUGAAACAAAUUAAAGGUAAAUUAUUUAAUAUACUCGUGAUGCGUCGACUUUCCUUUUCUCAAUUGCAUAAAAACAUUGCAACUAUUUUUUCUUUCAUUUUUUAUGCACUUUUCUUUUACGUAGUUUUUUUAAUAUUUAAAUAUUUUCUUUUCAUACCCAUACAUUGUACGCUUGGCGACAAGCGUAGUAAAAACGCGGGAAAUAGUAUCUAACAUUAGCUACGAAUUUUUCGGGUUCUUCCGAGAGC